AUGGCGACGUUUCCAAUCUUUCAGAAAGGUUAUAUACCUCCUGAAAAAAAAAUCAAAUCAGGUGAUAACGAAGCCGCCAACCGGUUAAAAUACGAAAGUAUUAACAGACAACGAACAUUCCAAACCUCGUGGUUAAACGAAUUUGACUGGUUGGUUUAUAAAGAAGGUCAAAUGACUUGUAAUAUUUGUAGUUUAUACGAUGAUGUUGGAUCGUUCGUGACGGGCUCGACCGUUUUUCGCAAGAACUGCCUACAGUCGCACGAAAAAUCUGAUUCUCAUUUAAAAUUUAUUCAGAUUCAAAAGGCAAGGAGUAAUCCCUCUGCAACUGUAGCUAUGAAAACAUCAUCUAUGCUUCAGAACCCAUACGAAAGCACAGGUCGUACUGAAAAGGGAAACAAGGCUAUUCAUUUCUACAAGGCGUCAAGGUCAAAGGACGUAUGGCUGAUGCUUCACCUUUUACUUGAUAUCCUGUCCAUCCUGUCCUCUGUCAGUAAGAGAUUUCAGGACCGUAGAGCUGACAUUCAGAGUAUUCUUACAGAGAUUGACAUGGCUGUAAGAUCCUUGGAGAAACUUGAGACAAGGGAUGGAUUUUAUAUGAGAAAGGCAGGAGCUGAACCACCUUCAGAUCUCACUGGUAAUGACAGAGUGUUUGUAUCUGCACGAAAACGACUGUUGUCAACCAUAUUAGACGCACUUCAUAGACGUUUUACAGACAACCCAGGAAUAUUAGCAGCUUGUUCCAUUCUGAACUUGUCGGUGUUUCCAACAAAAAGUGAUGCUGUAGCCAUUACUGUCACAGUUAAAAUUUUUCCAGAUUAUGGUGAAAAGGAGGUUGAUACACUGGUGGAUUUUUUUGAGCCUGCAUUAACUGCUGCCGGUGUAGAUGUUGGAGUCAUAGCCAGUGAGUGGUUAAAGUUGAAGACACAUAUGCUGCUAAGGUACCAGAACCCCCAAGAGACCAAUUGGGAGGAUGUCAAUUCCAAACUGGGACAAGUGUGUCCAAACAUACUCCAACUGGUAGAUCUAGUACUUACAAUUCCAACAUCUUCUGCAGAUGCCGAACGUGGCUUCAGUCAGUUGAAAAACAUUAAAACAGACAGACGGACCAGACUCCAAGAUGUUACUCUCUGUGACCAAAUGACUGUUCUUUUGGAGACUGAGGAUAUUAAUGAGUUUGACCCAAUGCCUGCUAUAUCACUCUGGAUGAAACCAGAGCGUAGAGUGCAGCAGGCGAAGUUACCUGUCGAGUCUAAAAUUGUUUUGGAUGAAAAUCUAAAUGAAAUUGUGCCGGAUGUUGAGGAGCCCAUACAGUGUCCUAAUUUAGACAAUGAACUUGUAGAAACUUUGAUCACAGUAAAUACAGAGAGUGAUAGUAAGUCAGAUAGAGAACCUGUUGAACCCAGCACAGAAACUACAGGCAGUGAAGAUUUUCUUGAUCAGGCUAAUGACAAAUCUGUUCAAGUGGACUGCCAUGAAUGUAUUAACUCACAGUCAUUUCCUUUUAUAGCUAUAAAAUUGAUAGACACAUCUGUUCAGACAGAAUUUAGUCCAGUUGCUGACUACUGUACUGAUAAUGAGUAUGAUGAAACUUAUGAAAGAGAUGAAGAUUAUGAUUUUGAAAACUUUGACAUAGUGGAUGGUGUUAGGGAAAUUAAGAAAAAAUAUAUUGAUAGAGUAGAGUGUGCUGGGAAGGCAUUUUUAGAAUUUAGGGAGGUGUGCAGUACGUCAGAUCUGAAAAUAGGUGGUGAAUAA